AUGCCUGAUGCUAUCAGUCCACAGUAUGCAACUCGUGCAUCCCCAUGGCUUGUCAACGAUGGCCCUCACAAUAUUGUUCAUUGGAGCGCCCAAACUCGUGAGGCGGUAUCAUCAUGUGUCUCAUUGUUCUUUGCAGCCCCUGCCGACGAGAAAUUGCAAGUCACGCAGUGCAAAUCAGACUCGCACGUUGAAGGUCGUACCGCUUGGACAUCCUUUGUCAGCGCAAAUUGGAAGUUGGUGUGGAAGGUUCAGGAUCUCAUUGACUCUACGUUGAAAGAGCAAUUCUGUGGCCCUUAUGAGGCAAUGUCUCUAACUCCCAACAUUGGAACGAGCUCAGAGGAUGGCGCUGUAGACACCACCGCAUCCCUCCUCAAAGAUAACGUACAGGACUUUAUUGAGCGAGUCAUAGCGUGCACUUGGAACCGCUACCGCAAGAAUCUAAAUUGCGAACACGUGAAAAUGGUUCAAUUGCAGGCAAACGUGAAAACAUCUUGGACCGAACUAACUACAAGCAACGUCACCCCCACAUCAGCUCGCAUCAGACGGUAUCUGGCCAGCAGUGAUAAGCUUAUCACAUUGUUGCAGCACUACGCCAAUCCCGAGUCAGUCAAGCAGAUUGAAGAUCAACGCCGACAACUUAUCGACAUGCUCGGAGCAAUGGGUCUUUAUAAGAGUGGAAAAUCAAACAAGAUGCGAGUUCCUAAAUUGCUGCGAGACGCAUUAGAAAAACUUGCUAACACAGACCAAGUCUCAGGUCUGGAACGUGCCAUUCACAAAUUCAUGGAGCGCUUGACCGAUCAGGACAUGCAGGCCAUGCCCACCCUAGACUUCGAGUUGCCGCCUGUGAUCGCAUGGAAAGAAGGUGUGGAAGACUUUGCAGAUAAAUCGGAAGACGAUCUUUGGCGGAUGCUGGGACUAGAACAGACGCGCGCCCUCCCACACUUCCAGACCAAAACCGAUCCAACGGCCAGUAUUAAACCGUGGUCCAUCAAAGGCCAGACAUGGCUCGACGAAAACAACACAGCGGUCCCCCUUCAACCUAAAUGGCACCAACUGGUCGGCAUCGUAAAGAUGAUGGACAAGGUAUUGAAGGGAGAGCCAUUGCUGUUAAUGGACAAAGUCGGCGUAGGGAAAAUGAUGCAAGCGGGGUUACGCACGAAGUGCUUAACAAAGUCUUAG